GUUGCAUAAAAAGCAAAAUGGAAGUAACAGAGUGACAACUUUGUGAUUCUCGUAAUUUAUUUUUGGGUUUUAAUACGUUUUUCAACCUGAGUAAGUGUAAAAAUUGUUUAGUGAGGAUUGACAAACGAGAUUAUUUCAUUAUGACAUAAAUUAAAGUAUCGUAUAACUGUAGCGCAGGACAUAUGACGAAAAAGUAGUUGUGGUAUGAUGAUAACAAAAGAUAAUAUAAAAAUUCAGCCUUGUCUACUCUCGUUAUGUGUUAUUUUUCAUCACAUGUGUACAGUGAAGAUUAACAAGUCGUGAACCUUCACAGCAAUAGUUCUGUGCAGUGAAUACGUAACUAAGAAAGUGAUUGUAGGAUUUGUGACGUCAUAGAACUAAAAGACAAUAAAAUUUCGUUUCUGCUGUAAAAUGUUUAUUAGUUUUUUUUAGGUGAGUACGCACAAUUUCACAGAAGUUUUGAAGAGAGUGUUCGCGGCAGAUAGGUGGUUUUCCGCGAGGAUGGGCGGCGAUGUCUGCCCCCUCCGAUAGCGCUACCAGCCCUCCACCAUGUGCGUGUACCAACAUAUCGCUUAUGCAGUUGUUCCAUGAGCUCAAACAAAAGUUUCCUGGUGUACCCGAUCAUGUUGUGUCCAACACCAUCGAGCUAUACUGUCAUGAUAAAAAAGCUUGUGAAACACAUCUGCACAGAGAAGUCAAAACCUCCCUAACGCACGCCUAUCAUGCGUCUUCAGUGGCUGCAGCACGACAACUCAGUGGACUUAAAAUUAAUCCACCACAAAAGUGCCGAAACCAGCCCAUUAUCAAGCAUGAAGCUUUAAAAUCAACAAAUGCCCAGUUGUUUACUUGCCAAGGUCCACAAAAAGCCAUAAUUAGCACUAAUGGUAGUUUAGAUGAAGAAGAUGUUAAAGUGAAUACUGAUGCAAAUCAAAAUGUUGUGGAAGUAAAAACAAAUGAAGUACUUAAAACAUGCUCACCUGUUACUAUAGUCAAUCUUGAUAACUGUUUUGUUAAGUACAGCGCAGAAUCACCUAGUGACUUAGAGUUGUCAAAUGAAAAUAAUAGUCUCGAGAAUGGAAAACAGGAAAGUACAAAUCAGGAAUUUAAAGAGCAAAUAACCAAUUCUGAACAGCCUGAGAGUACCAAUUUUAAAUUAUUAAAAAGUAAUAAAAUAAAGUCAAAUUUAAAUGAAAAAUUGGAGCGUGUGAAGGAGAAAAAAACUAUUAAAAAAGAUAAAGAAGAAUCUAAAGCGGUGCUUGAAAAACCACAAAGACCAAAUACAUUGAACUUCAUUAAACCAAGUCCAGAAAUUGCAUUUAAUGACAACCUGAAACAACCAGAUGAGACAUGCCGAACAGUCUCACCUGCUCCUUCUAUUCAAAAAACUGAUAAAGAGCCCAAAAGUAGUCCAUAUAGGCAAGAAAGAGGUGGGUAUCCCCUAAACUUGUCUGUCAAUGUUAAUUGCCAUAUGGACUUAAGCCGUGGGUACUGUGAUCCUUGGUUAGAAGAUUAUGAAAGUCCUAGAGCAAUAACAUCAGUAAAUUUAACUGUUUGUACACCAACAUCAAAUAUGGCCAGUCCGGUCAGGGAAAGAAAUGAUGAUAGUGGCUUUGAGGGGCAUGUGACAGUGACUGUUAGCCCUAGUACAACACGCCCAAAGCGUAGAGCACCACCUCCACCUCAAUCCACCCGGAUAGAUUCACCAAGACCAUCUAGAGUUGCUCCUGAACCACCCGGUACAGAUCGUUCUCUAAUUGAGCGUCAGAAGGAACGUUUAUCACGACUAGCAGCUGCAUUAGCCCAAGAGAAGGGACAAUUGGCACAAUUAAAUCGGGAAACACAGAUAUUAGCUGCUCCUCCACCAUCACCAUCAGCUGCUUUGAGAUUCAAGGACCAUGUGGAACGAUUGAGGGAUGAGUGUGAUAUUUUGGCAAAGCGCCUUGAGAUGGGGGUUAGAGCUCCCCGAGUGUUACCUGUCCCAGAGGCAGAUGACAACUUCUACAGUAAUAUAUACACAGGGCAGAGACCAUCUGCCUCAUGGCAAUGCCACAUGUGCACCUUUAGGAAUCACCCACUCUUAGACAAGUGUGAGGAGUGUGACAUGCCCCGGAUAUUUGUAGGUACGUCCCCUGCUACUACACAUGACUCUGGCUUUGGGUCUUUCCGUGAUAGGAACAGACGAGGGGCUAAUCUGUCCAGUGACACAGGCUCCCUGCCUAAUAUAGCAAGUGGGUAUGCUGUGAAUGUGUAAGAAUUUUUGAUACUUGCUAUAACUUGUGACACGCUUUAUCAGUGACUAUACCUAGUGUUAGGCACUGAUGUAAGUACUGAAUAUAAAUAAAGUGCAUUUAAUCAGACUAUCUAUGGACAAAUUAUUAGGAACAUCAAUAUAUAGCAAGUGUAGUUCAAACAGAACACUGCUAUUAUUCAAAUAACAGUUCUGCAAAACUGCUACUGACUGUUAUUAUAACAGUUGUAACGGAACGUUUUGGAGCGAGAUGAAGUAACAAUUUGAGUGUUGUGUUAAGUGAGGCUAUUAAGUGUUGCCAGUUAACCUAUGCAUGACGGAUUGUACCUUAGUGCAUGAGUGUUCCAUUAACAUUAUACCUUCCAAUUAGUUACCGGACUGAUUUUAAGAUUUCUUAGUAAUCUAAUUGGAGUUGUGUACUUAAAUUUAUUCAAUAAUAAUAUAGAGCUAGUUACAAAAGUUUAUACAAUCAUAAUCAGGCUAAUAAAAUAAGUAUGAAUGAAGUGUGAUGGAUAAAUACAGAUAUUUGGCCUAAACCAUUACUUACAAUAAUUAUUCAAAAAAUUAUAUUCUUAAGAAGAAUUUUGGUCAAUUCUAAUUAAGUUGUAUUGAAGUAAACAUUUUGAUGAGCGUAAAGCUUGCUCUAUAUUAUUUUUAAUUUAAACAAAAUAGGAUUAAGUAUAUUGUAUUCAUUACAUCACAUCGUCUGGUCAAGCCAUUUGGGAUCUCAAAAGAAGACUACUAGCGCCUUGCCAAAAAGUCAUUAUUUACACUAUUGGUUACAAAUUUUGCUCAAAAUUUAUCAAUUGCUCAUAUUGUGCACAAUUUUACACUAAUAAAUUAUCAUUAACAAAGAAAAUAGAUUGAUCAGGAUAUUUACUGUGAUUCAGUAAAUUAGUAACCCAUAUUUAAAAUUUUGAAACUGUUUGACAUUUAAAGUUUUGAAGCUGUCUUGGUAAUGCAUCAACUUGUUAUUUAUUUAUGCAAAUCUUUAACAAUUAUUUAUUUAAAAAAAUGAGGAAAACAAUUGAAACCAUAGAACACUUUUAAUACUAGGUUGAUUCCGUUGUUAGAAAAAAUCAAAGAAACUAUUUGUUUGAUCUAAAUGACAUAUGAUAAAGAAUGCGUCAAUUCCUUUUUCUGCAUAUCAUGCUAAAAAUCUGUUUUCUAUGUUAUUUAUUAUAUAAAAGCAAACGUAAGUGCAAAUAAAAUACCUUUAGAAGUGUCUAUGUAAAUUAUCAUGCAUAAUUAAGAAGUAAAAGUUCGCAUAUAGCAUAAUAUUUUAUGAAGUUGAUGUUUGAAAUUAUUUAGCAUUUAACAUUUGCCGUAUUGUAGGAGAUUUUAAUCUGUUAUGUUAAGACAGUAUAGUCUGUAUGGUUAACGGGAUUUAAUAAAACCACAAUCACAGCUUUAUUCAGUUGACAAAUUAAUUGGUUGUUUAUGGAAUAUCAAGAACAUUAUCAACCAUAUUAUAUGAAGUUUAAGAAUUAAAGAAAUGAUAGGAAAUUAUACUGUGAAUAUUAUCACAACACAUUUUUUAAAUAUAUAUUAUAGACAUGUGCCUUAUUUAAUGUUUUGUAUAUUUCGAUUAUAAGAGGACUUGACAGGGCUUACGAGAAAACCAUCACAGUAUUAAUAUGUGAUGAGUUAGUUACGCUGUAAUUGUUUUUAAUCUAUAUCAUUAUGUUAUAAAGAUCUCUAGGUAAACAAUUAUUUAGUUGUAAAAGUAUAUUGGUGUUGGUAAACACCUCUAUUCCAUGAAAUAAGCCUUAAGGCCAGUUCUAUAUUCAAAAUACUAUGAGAGAAUUUAGUGGCACCUAUUUUAUAACUGACUAUUCCAUAUACAAAUCUUCUACUAAAAAGUCCAGGGCUGAUUUGGCCAUGAACUCGACUUCUAGGUCAAGUUAAGUCAGGUAUUAUAAGAUUGUGCCUUAACAUAGAUUUCUUUUUGAACUGGAUUUAUUUUAGACUGUUUUAAUCCCUUUUUAUGAAAACAUUUAUAAUUAGGUGGAGUAUUAAAUAUUUAUCAUUAUCAAAUACAUUGUUAUGUUGGCAUAAGUUGUAAAUUAUUGUUCAUUUGAGAUUUAGGUACUAAUUUAACUUGAAUUAUUGUGAUCAUAAAAUUUUUAUGUAUAUUAGAUAAUUAAAUGUUUUUUCUUAAAUUUA